AGGGUAAGGACUCGGGUUCUUCGAAUUCUCAGGGAAGGACUUCCUUUCCGGCCAAUUAUAAAUAACUUGGAAAUGCAAACCCAAAUAAUACAACUCCAACUCUAUUUCUCUCUGUUUUUUCCUUGUGCUUGGUUUAUUUCUCUUUCGUUUGUGAGUUUCGAGCUCCAUCCAGGAUGACUAUUCUCAUUGAACAGCCUCACCAAUUUGGAAUAGAAGCUGAGGAAAAGAACGUCCCUGCAGAUGAGAAAGAGCUGGUGUUGGAUGGCGAUUUUUUGGUGCCACAGACUAACUCUUUUGGACACACCUUUAGGGACUAUGAGGCUGAAGGAGAUAGGCAGCCGGGUGUGGAGAACUUCUAUAGAGUUAAUCACCUGAACCAGACUUUUGAUUUUGUAAAGAAAAUGAGGCAAGAGUACAGCAAGCUGAACAGGAUGGAAAUGAGCAUAUGGGAAUGUUGUGAGCUUCUGAAUGAUGUUGUGGAUGAGAGUGAUCCAGACUUGGAUGAACCUCAAAUUGAACACUUGCUUCAAACUGCUGAAGCCAUUAGAAGGGACUAUCCCAAUGAGGAUUGGCUUCACUUAACUGGCCUUAUUCAUGAUCUUGGAAAGGUGCUUCUUCUUCCCAGCUUUGGAGGGCUUCCUCAGUGGGCUGUUGUAGGCGAUACAUACCCAGUUGGCUGUGCUUUUAAUGAGUCAAUUGUUCACCACAAGUUUUUUAAAGAAAAUCCGGAUCACUACAAUCCUGCUCAUAAUACCAAGUAUGGAGUUUAUUCAGAGGGAUGUGGACUGGAAAAUGUGUUGAUGUCAUGGGGACAUGACGACUACAUGUACUUGGUUGCCAAGGAGAAUCAUACCACUCUACCUUCGGCUGCUCUUUUCAUCAUCAGAUACCACUCAUUUUAUGCAUUACACAGCUCAGGGGAAUACAGACACUUAUUGAAUGAAGAGGAUUUCGAAAACUUGAAAUGGCUACACGUAUUCAACAAGUAUGAUCUAUACAGCAAGAGCAAGGUUCGGGUUGAUGUGGAAAAAGUGAAACCAUAUUAUCUCUCCCUCAUUAAAAAGUACUUCCCUGCCAAACUAAAGUGGUGAGAACUUAGAAAGUCUAUCACUUUUUGGACCAUGCCGAUGCCUAAGUGUGUAGAGUAGAUGACCUUUGUGAGUUGGUGUUGAGUUAUCUGGGUAGAAGCAAGGUUUUCAUGUAAUAUCGAUUGUCUAAUAAAAGCUUUAUGCUCUGUUUCUA